AUGAACUACACGACGCGUCUUUUGAAGGGAGCUGCGAUGUAUGAACUCCUACACGCUUUGCAGAUGUAUGAACUCCUACACGCUGUGCAGAUGUAUGAACUCCUACACGCUUUGCAGAUGUAUAAACUCCUACACGCUGUGCAGAUGUAUCUCCUACACGCUGUGCAGAUGUAUAAACUCCUACACGCCGUGCAGAUGUAUAAACUCCUACAUGCUGUGCAGAUAUGUAUAAACUCCUACACGCUGUGCAGAUUUAUAAACUCCUACACGCUGUACAGAUGUAUGAACUCCUACACGCUGUGCAGAUGUAUAAACUCCUACACGCUGUGCAGAUAUGUACUACGGGAAGAUACAGCUGCGCCUGCAGACGUAUUGCUCCUGUUGCAGCGGCUGCGUGCAGAGAACAGACGGCUGCACAAAAUUGCUGUUAUGGCCAACAACAGACGACAGCAGCAACAGACGCAGCUGCAGGCUGCAGACCAAGAACGGCGGGCAUUGAAACAACAGAUUCUGGGCCAAGUUACGGGCAGCGACUUACGACACGUAGGAGUUACGAGCACGUCAGUAGCCGAGCAACUUACGACCACCUUAAACGAAGAAAGCAAUUCUCAGGAGCUCUUCCAUGCCCUUGCCUCAGCGGGGGGGACGCUCGCCCCUUACGACCGCCUUCACGAAUACCAAGUCGAAAUCGAGAGAAUUAAUGCAAAACUCGACCACCUCAGGGCGCAGAAUACCGUGCUGAACAUUUCCCUGGAUGAGUCAAAGUCUCACUGCGAUCACCUGAGUAUGUUGAUGGGUAAAUACGAGUCCAACGCUACGGCACUACAACUUACCAAUGAGACUCUAGACAUGACCGUUGAGGCGCUAGAAGUUCUAGUUGCCUUACUAGAGAGCGAGUUAGGGCUUUUUCUGGCCACUUAUAGGGCUAGCGAAAGAUCUAGAGGGUUGAAACAGGGGCUGAAAUCCAGAGAGGUAUACCAAGACGGGUUGAAACUUAGAAGGGCGUUGAUUGCCCGAGACGGACCUAGAGAUGGACCUAGAGACGGACCUAGAGACGGACCUAGAGACGGCUCUAGAGACGGACCAAGAGAGGGAUCUAUGAAUGAACCUAGAGAAGGUUCCAGACCCAGAGACCCGUCUGAAGAUGACCUCCUGUCUGCCAUGAAGAUGUCCCAGGAGCACAGACGGGCGACAGAGAACGUCGCCCGUCACCUCCUAUCUCGCUGCGAGAAGGAACUGACAGGAUGCCUGUCUAAAGAUGGUAGACAGGAUGACGGCUGUGGCACGGAGGACAUCAGCCGUCGGGAGGAGCUGAUGGUGCGGGCGCUGGUGGACAGACUGAAGGAGGACAGGAGACAUAUGGCCGCCUCAGUUGUCCAUCUGGAGCCGCUGCUGACCGACCCUCUGACGGCGCACUACCCUCUGGAGGAGAGGGAAGCCCUCAAGCUCGACCUCGAGAACGCGGUGCUCAUGCAGGAGCUCACGGCGGCGAGGGAAGAGAGGGCCGAGCUCAGGGCCCAGGUCUACCUCCUGGAGCGGGACAAGGCUAGCCUCGAGCUGAGGCUAGGCACGUGUGAGGCUAGUGAGGCUGCGCUGCUAGCCUCCCUGGACCUCCUCAAGACGCAGGCUAGCCGCUACACCUGCCCGGACUGUCGGUCACUGGGCUACGGGAUUAUGGAUUGCAGUGGCUGCAGUAGUCAGCCAAGAGAGCAAUCCAGCGCCGGUCAGCCAAGAGAUCAAUCCAGUGGCAGCGGCGGUCAGCCAAGAGAUCAAUCCAGUGGCAGCGUCGGUCAGCCAAGAGAUCAAUCCAGUGGCAGCGUCGGUCAGCUAAGAGAUCAAUCCAGUGGCAGCGUCGGUCAGCGAAGAGAUCAAUCCAGUGGCAGCGUCGGUCAGCCAAGAGAUCAAUCCAGUGGCUUUGUCAGUCAGCCAAGAGAUCAGUCAAGUGGCAGCGCCGGUCAGCCAAGAGAUCAAUCCAGUGGCUUU